AUCAUCAUCGCCUAUCCCUGAAAUCCACCGCAUCCGCUUGAACCUAUUCAUAAUUUACUUGGUUGUUUGACGCGCCCAAGUCGAGCCACUCCACGCGCAAUACACGCGUCGCGCUUCUUCGCGCCUGUUUGUCUCACUUGAUUUGUUUGAUCAACUCUACGCAUUGCGCCAUCUCCACAAACCAGAAUUGUAAUGGCACCAAAAUCGCCAGCGAGGCGCAAUAAGGCGCGUCCAUCGCGGGGUGGAAGAGUGAGCGUCGGAAGCAGAAAGGAAUCCGGGAAGCGACUUGGACAGCCAGGCCCUGCUCCAGACCGCGCGAAGAAGCGGUACAAGCCCGGUACAGUCGCGCUCCGUGAAAUCAAACGAUACCAGAAGACGACAGAUCUGCUCCUUCUCAAACUACCAUUUCAGCGACUCGUGCGUGAAAUCGCCCAAUCCGUCACAACCGAAGACGGUCCCAAUCGAUGGCAAAGUCAGGCCAUCAUGGCACUCCAAGAAGCCACCGAAGCUUUCCUUGUCAACCUUUUCCACGAUGCAAAUCUCUGUGCCAUUCACGCCAAGCGCGUCACUAUCCAACAAAAGGACAUACAGCUCGCGCGUCGCCUGCGCGCAGCAUGGGGUGCGCCGGUUUGAUCGAGGCAGGUUUCGCGUGUUGGCAGAUACCCAUUCUUUACUUCCAUUGGACUCGCUGUUGAACGAGGAGGCUACGUGUAUUUGCUUUGCUGGUCCGCUUUGGAUGCAAGUCUUCAUAUCGUCUUUGGGUGGACGAGUAGACGUGAUUGGCGUUUCAGGGCGCUUGAAUUUGUUGGCAGACAUAUCUGCUACCUGUUAUUUUUUGGUUUUAUUGUUUUUGAUCUGCAUGACUCUGUUCAGUGCGAGGUUGUUGAGUCUGGAGUUGGAGCAAAUCGCACACGAGGCCGUGUUAGAUGCCGAUGCUGAAAUAUUCAAAGGUUCCAAUCCAACUAUCGAUGCACA